CAGGGGAGGGACCCGUCAGGAGGCCUGGAUUUUGGAUUACAGACUUUGGAGGAAGGAGGAUCACAUCUCGGAUCGGAGCAUUAACUCUGCGCUGGAUACGUGCCAAAACUUUCCAGUUCACCACAAGAUACCAGCAAUAUGCCUGUCAUAAAGUACCCAAGGCUUAGAGACCCUCUCUUUUAUGAAUGGGACAGGAAAGCCCAGAAAAGUGGAUUAAGACACACAAUUUAUGCUGUAAAUGGGGAUCAGUAUACUGGAGAAUGGCUGGACAACUUGAAACAUGGCAAAGGCACCCAGAUUUGGAAAAGCACAGGAGCUAUUUACAGCGGUGACUGGAAGUUUGGGAAGAGGGACGGUUAUGGCUCAUACAGCGUUCUUGACCCAGCGACCAAGGAAUACAAGAGGGUGUACACAGGCUGGUGGGAAAAUGACAGAAGAAGUGGCCGGGGGACGUUCUUUUACCCCAACGGGGAGCUCUACGAGGGCGAGUGGAGCAAUGGCGUGCGGAGCGGCUGGGGAAAGAUGCACUACAAGGAUGGCUCCACCUACGAGGGACAGUGGCUGAUGGAUCAGCCCAACGGGCAGGGCCUGCUGCAGCUCCCAAAUGGAAAUCGGUAUAAUGGAGGUUGGAAAGAUGGCAAGAAGCACGGCCCAGGGAAAUACUUCUACCCAGAUAAGGGACAGCUGUUAGAAGGCAUCUGGGUAGCAGAUAUACCAAAGUGUGCAGUUCUGGUUGAAUUCGGCAGAGAAGACGCUCCAGCCCCUCCUGAGCUUCCACUCCCAGAGAUUAAACUACAAGAUCCAGCUGGUGUUUUAGCAGAGGCCCAGGCAAUGUUUGAUGACAGCCAUAAUGAAUAACCAGAUGCUGAAGAAAAAAAAAGAAAAAUUCAAGAACAUGAUCCUGGGUUAUUUAUUCCUUGGAGUGUCAA